CGGAUCCUCUCCCUCCUCCACCUUGGCUUCGCGCGCGUCGCCACCCCCCAUCCCCUCACGAGCCGCCCCACCAUCUCGGUCCUUGUCGGUGAUAUCCUCUCCCUCCUCCACCUCGGCUUCGCGCCGCCGCCGGCUCUUGCUCUCGCCUCCCUCCAUUCCCCUAAAACGCACAACAGAGUCCAGAUUGCAGUUCCUUCGGCCCAUUCGGCCGUCACAUCAGGCCCGCGCCACGCCACCAGCCGCCACACGACAGGACCCAGAUGCCAAAGAAGAUGGGCGUGAACUCCAAGGCAGAGGCGGCCUGCGAGCGCCGCUCCACCGUGGAGGUCGACUGGCGCGACCGCCGAGAGGGCGUCGUGGAGGAGCAGUACUGGGCCGCCUCCCCGCCUUCCUUGCUGUUGUAUGCACAGAUUUCUCCUCUUACACUACCGACCCGAGCCAUCCCAUCCGCCCCGCAUCCUUGCAUCGGACCUCAUAAGUUUGAACCAACAAUCAGCUGCGGGGCCACCACCUCCUGAGGUCAUACUCCUAUGCUGUAGCCUGGGUAGCGGUCUCAACAUCCACGGGAUUGUCACAGUUGAUUCAGCUAUGAUGCUCGAGGAGGAUGUGGCAGUUCCAGUCUCAUUUGCUAAUGAAGCUCCAAAGGAUACUACAAAGAUGGACACAGAUGAUGCACCAAGUGAUCCUGUCUCUGGAACUGAUGUGAAUGUGCAUGAGCCUGAUACUACUGAGGCUGCUCCUGCAGCUGAAAAUGGAGCAGAAAAUCCCGAGGAAAAAUCUGUUCCAAUGGAAACUGAUGCAAAGGUUGAGCCAUCAGAAAGGAAAGUUAAGAGAACUUCUGUUCCGGUCCAUGCGUUGGUCUAUGGUGCCUUGGCUGUAGCUGACCUGCAGAAGGCUGUAGAGAAAGAGUAUGAGAUGGCUCUUCAGGACAGAGUAAUGGAUGAAACCAAAGAGAAGAAAAAUGUUGUGGAAGCUUAUGUCUAUGACAUGCGUAACAAGCUCUACGAUAGAUACAACGAUUUUGUGACACCUGAGGAGAAGGAAGGGUUGAUUGGAAAGCUUCGGGAGGUUGAAGAUUGGCUGUAUGAAGAUGGUGAGGAUGAGACAAAGGGAGUCUAUAUUUCUAAACUGGAAGAUCUUAAUAAGAUUGGUGACCCAAUUGAGGCACGGUACAAGGAGUCAACAGAAAGGGGUUCCUCUGUAGAUCAACUGGUCUACUGCAUCAACAGUUUCAGAGAGGCUGCUUUGUCCAGUGACCAAAAGUUUGGCCAUAUCGACAUAUCUGAGAAACAGAAGGUAGGGCAGAGUGCCAUUUAGUAAUCUUCAGUUUCAGUAG